GCAUUAUUUUAGGCGCCGAUAUUUUAGGAUAAACGGACACUUCUUACCUUCUCGAGUAGUUUGUUGUACGCCAGGACACAUCCAGCAGAUGGAGCCACUUCCCCGGUGUUUUACGUGACAACAAAACACGUCGCUCGCCUACGUCACUCACGUCGUACGUGUUUGAACGUGGCGGCGCGAAGAAAACGAGAUUUAUACUCUACAUUCGGUAUAUUUCUCUUUCUACACAUCUAACAAGAUCAACACCUUCAACAGGCAGUUGUUUAAGUUAGAAACUUUCUUCUGUCGUGAUACAGAUGUGCUCGUAUUAUUAACAGAGCAGGCAUGACAGCCACGGCUUGUAGUAAAUGGAAGGGGUUGUUCAGCGUUGGAGAGUUUGAAGAUGAGGAUUUGCUUGAAGCAGAUUGGAUGUGUCCACCAAAACCCACAUCUUCUACCACUCCUUCUGGAACUCCACCAUCUGCAUCCUCGCAUGUAACAGCUGAAAAAUCCAAUCAUGCUCAGCAGAGUUGUGUUGGCAUGUCAUCAGAUUCUAGUUCUGUGGCGACUCUUCGUAUCCCAACAUAUGGCACUAUCAGUCUCCUACCAAACCUCACUUGCCAUCAGCCGCUCUCUUCCUCAGUUUCUUCCCUCCGAGCGCCUGCGUCGUCCCUGCAACAUUCCUUCAACCCAUUAAACCUCCCACCCCCAGCACCCCUCAGUGUCCCGCAGAGAGACCUCCCUCCUCAGGAUGACUUUGACGACUGGGAUGUGGAUUUGGAAGAACUGGACAGCAUUCCUCAGAUGAUUUCUGAGCCACCAAAUAAUCAAACCUCACAACUGCGCUGCAUUUCGCCUGCUAAACGAAUGAGACCGGCAGCAUCGGGGAUGUUCUCUUGUGGCACAUUUGCUGCAACCUGCUCAUCGCCAAUUUCACAGCCUUUAGUCAACACCUCAUUUGCAUCCACCGUUCAUGUCCCCAUGCAUCCAUCCACCCCCAUUCAGAAUCAAAAUCACAUGCACCGCAUCACACAAAUCUCACGGUUUCCCAGACCCAUGACUCCCAGGCCUCCAGGAGUGUCAGCUGUGUGCCAGAGGAGCAUUUCGACCCCGAGGACCCCACUUCAGCCCAAAGGAUCUCUUUUUCACUCUGUGUCCUCCACUGCUGAUUCCUCUUCCACAUUUACACCUCGUCCUCUCAACACACCUGUCCUGACCAAUCACCUGGUCCAGCUGGUGUCUGCAGCUAAUAAGACACCCCAGAGACCACAGAGCCGCAUGAUGCCAGCCAAAGCUCGCCGUUUCCCCGGGCCAGCAGGAGCAUUGCCACAGCAGGUCAGUGGGCAGAGUCUUGAUGACAUUGUUGUGUCAGUUCCUCAAACACCUGCACAUGGAGCUGUUGCACGUCUAAGAAGUGAGCAGGUCUCCAGCUCUCAGGUGAGUGAGGAAGAGGAGUUCAGCAGGGGGCCGUGGGCAGUGAUGAAGGCUGAGAUGGGAUUGGAUGAGAAGAACCCUUCAUGCUUCCUGCACUCUUACAGUGUUGUCAUGGUUCUUCGCAAGGCUGCUCUCAGACAGCUAGCUAAGAAUAAGGUCCCCAAUAUGGCUGUGGUCUUGAAGAGCAUCACGCACACACAUGCAGAUGCAAAAGCUGUCUUCAGGGAUCCCACAGGUGAGAUGCAGGGCACAGUUCAUCGUCAACUGGUGGAAGAAAGACAGGGAGAGCUCAAAACAGGAGCUGUGUUACUACUCAAACAAGUGGGUGUUUUCUCACCAUCACACCGAAAUCACUACCUGAAUGUUACACCCAACAAUCUUCUCCGCAUAUACCCACCUGAUGGGAUCUUUCAUAACACCCAGCCAUCCAACCUUCUGCCGUCCUUUCCUAUUGCGGUGCACACACACCCGCAGGAGCUUGCAUUGCGCUGCGAAUCCUCCAGGCCUGCGGGGGGUCCUGUUUCUCAGAUGGAGCUCCACUUUGAUGAAGAAGACGACGGUGAAAAUGCAGUUGAGGAAAGUCGUACGGCUGAUGGUUUAGACAUCUCAGCUGUCUCUAAUGAGCCCUGUCAAGCAUCUGAAGUGUUGGAAACCGCAGAGGACACAGCGUGGGACGCAGAUGACCUUGAUGAGCUGCUCGGGGAGUUACCUGUGGAGUCAUAUGAUGGAUUGCACUAAUCACACAGUCACUUUAAACACUAAGUAUACUUGUAGAGCUCAUAUUAGUACAUGCAUCAACUGUAUUCACCGUUUAAAAAACAUCACCCACUAACCAAAGACUUCACUACAUUUAUUCAAGCUUUAUGUGAACGGUUGUAAAUAUGUACAAAAAAAUUAUUUGUCACAGGCAUACAUUGAAUUAAUAAAUUACUGACGAGACCUGGAAA